AUGCCCCAUCGCCGACCACUUUCCGCGAACGAUCUGUCCAAUACAUCACAGUCGCUUCACCUCUUCAGCCCAAAAACUUCUGUCACAGAGCGCCUUGGAAUUAAAAAUGCACCAGCCAUUCGACCGCAUGCUGCGCUCGAUCUAGUAAUCCGCGAGAAAGACGAUUCUUUACCAAAUAUUGCCCAAAGAAUUGAGAAAAAGCUAUGGAGAUAUAAUUCUUCAGGAAAUGUUGUCGCUCGAUGGUUGCUUGAAAUUAUCAGUUGGAUCAUUGGGGCGCUCUGCAUGGCUGCUAUUGUCGGUAUUCUUUGGAAACUUAACGGUAAGAAGGUGCCUAGGUGGCCAUUGAACACAUAUAUUGCUGUCCUAUCCAAAAUCGCUUCGGCAUCCCUGAUCUUCCCAAUAUCUGAGGCGCUCGGCCAAUUGAAAUGGAGCUGGUUCCGAGGCGAUUCGAAGAGGAUGUGGGAUUUCGAGAUCUUUGAUAAUGCUUCUAGGGGACCAUGGGGCUCAUUUCUCCUCUUAACCCGCACGAAAUGCAAAACUUUUGCAGCUCUUGGAGCAGCCCUGACGUUAGUUUCGCUUACUCUCGAUCCCUUUUUUCAGCAGGUGGUUGAUUUACCUAGUCGUUGGACGUUGCAAGGGAACAGCUCGAUCCCCACGGUUACUAGAUACGAGCCCCAUUUCGGUGACUCGUUCCAGGCUGGAAAGCCGAUUCUCCAACUGGACCAAGACCUCCAAGCGACCGCGUUAAAAUUCUUCUACAACGAAGGCAUGAAGCUAAUUACCCUGGGAAAUGGAACAAGACCUAAUAUACCUCUUUUCUGCCUCACUAGUAACUGUACCUGGCCGCCCUACGAGACGCUUGGAAUUUGCAGCGCCUGCGAAGGCAUCUCCCAAAGCCUUACGUAUGCCUGCCUCACCUCUAGGAUAGAUUGGUUCGGGAAUCUAACGGGAGUCGGCACUGAAUCCAGCUAUCCUAAUGGAACUUCAUGUGGGUACUUCUUAAACGCGACGAGCGACGCUCCGGUUCUUAUGUCGGGGUACAGCGUUGAUGCCGUCAAUCUUUUACCAGGGGAAGCCUUGGUCAUGCGCACUCUGCCACUCGUUGAUCUGACAAGGCGACCACUUGUUUACCGGAACGAAACACCGAUCGCACACGAGUGCAUGCUCUCCUGGUGCGUCCAGACAAUCAUGUCAUCCUACUACUGGGCGAAUUACUCAGAAGGGAUGGCUAAUACCUUCUUCAAUACCACUCCAGGACCUUUUCCCUGGGGAUCUUCUUUUACAAUCAAUAGCACUGCUUUCAACGCCACUCAAAACACUUACCUCUUUAAUACCACUCUUAAUUCGCCGAGCACAGGUAAUAGGAAAUCUUUCUAUGGAGUUUCUCCACUUACUGCCCUGCAAACCAUUCUCAUCUUCGACGAUAUUCUCCCUUCUUUUUUGACGGUCCCCAACGCUUCCGCUAUUCCGAUCUUGAGAAACCAAAUAGGCAUAAGAGGGGGGCCCCGACAGCGAACUCUUGAAUUCGAUCCUUGGAUAGCACCCAACAAUGUUACGCAACAUCUAGAAAGGCUAGCUAGAGCCUUGACUAACGUGAUUCGAUCAUCAACUAGCGCUGAAUCGAUCACUGGGGAGGCAUUUAGUAUGGAAACUUAUGUCUCCGUGCGAUGGGAAUGGCUUCUGAUUCCUCUUGGCGUUCUUUUUUUCAGUUUGAUCUUCCUUGUUGGUACUAUUGUUAAGAGUUCUAGGGAGAUGGAACAGGUUGGCAUUCGAAAAACUUCCGCUCUUGCAACUCUUUUAUACGGUCUUCCAGACGACAUGCAGAAGAAGAUUACUGCCUCCACAGCAGUAGGCACCCCGCGGGCCAAGGCUAAAGAAUUGAAGGUUAAAUUGCUCCCAAAGAUGGGCUGGAGGGUAUCCGGCAAUCUCUUUUCCCCAACGAGGCUUAAUGUUAGACAGAACAUGCCUCCGCCUGGUUGGAUCUGA